ACGUAGAUACGAGAUAUAAGAUUCACAUAGAUGUAUCCAACUAGUGCGCCUCUUAUUAUUAUCUUAUUCGAUUAAAGAUAUUUAUAAAAAAGCUAUACUACUUGGGAAUUUGUCACGCGACAAAAUCGUAAAAUGGCGGUAAGGUGCGAGGCAUUGUGAAAGCAAGAGAGGAAAUGUGUUCGGGCCCUUUGAAAUCUAAUUUCACUAUGGACACGCAGGAAAGGUCACUAACUCUUUCUCCCAUCCUUACCCUCUUCCUCCCCACCCCACCCUACCCCACCCCAUUUCACCCGUCCGAUCGUCGAAACGAGUACUUCUCGCUGACUUCUCGGCGCAGUCAAACUAAUAUCUCAAUCGUUAAAGUGCUUUUCGUUAGUGUGCGAGUAGAAUAUGAAAGGGUCGUUCGAUAAAUACUCGCGAGAAGCCAUUUUUACUUUUCGCUUUACGUAUAUACAUGAGUGCAUAUGGAUAUACAUGUGUCGUCUAUGUGUUUGUGUAUAUAUAUAUAUAUAUAUAUAUAUAUAUAUAUAUAAAGGUACUUAUGCAUUUGUGUGUAAUGUGAGCACAGUAAUUCUACCACGGAAGAAGUGCACGGUGAACGUGAGAAAAUUAUUCCGGGUCCAAAAAUACGGGCCAGAUGGCGGUCAGAACGCUCAGUCAACAUCGAAUGCCGCCGUAUUUUACUGGAUACGCGUUUCAAGGACAAGGUCGUGUUAAUCAAUUAGGUGGAGUCUUUAUAAAUGGUCGUCCACUACCGAAUCACAUCAGACUGAAAAUUGUCGAGAUGGCGGCGUCCGGUGUAAGACCCUGUGUGAUAUCGAGACAGCUAAGAGUCUCUCACGGUUGCGUGUCGAAGAUUCUUAAUCGAUAUCAGGAAACCGGAUCGAUCAGACCAGGUGUGAUCGGUGGAAGCAAGCCACGAGUUGCCACUCCUGAAGUUGAGAGCAGGAUCGAAGAUCUUAAAAGACAAAAUCCAAAUCUUCUCAGCUGGGAGAUCAAGGAGAGACUAAUAAAGCAGGAUGGCGUUUGCGAUAAGGCAUCAGCGCCAUCGGUUUCGAGUAUCACCAGGCUACUUCGUGGUCCACCAAAUAAAAUUCGUCGCGUUGACGAUCUCGGAACGAACCAUUCGAUCAACGGAAUCCUCGGUGGAAGCGAUGGUGGAGACGAUUCCGAGACAGAAAGCGAGCCUGGCAUAGCUCUAAAGAGAAAGCAACGUCGUAGUAGAACUACCUUCACGGGAGAACAAUUGGAACAAUUGGAAGCAGUAUUCAUUCGAACUCAAUAUCCAGAUGUUUAUACAAGAGAGGAGUUGGCUCAGAAAACGAAGCUAACGGAGGCUCGUGUUCAGGUGUGGUUUAGUAACAGACGGGCGAGACUAAGAAAACAGAUGAACAGUCAGCAAGCGAAUGCGUUCAACACGAUGAGUUUACAAUCGUUUCAGAGUCAACACUAUGGUAGCGCAGCGGAGAGUUAUCAGAGUUACGGGCAAGCAAGCGUUGCUGCGGCGGCAGCGACAACAGCUGCUUAUCCUCAGCACUACAACUACGGGGAAAACUAUUACGCUCAGCAGCAAUGGUCCAGAGCGACGGCCGAGAACUACGGAAUAUUCAACGCCUCUCACUAUGGUAGCAGCAAUCUAAAUUUGAGUAGCCUCGGUGGUAGCGUCAGUCCAACGGCCUCGAAUAUGAGUGCUUGCAUGGUACAGAGUGCGAGUUCCGCGGUGCCAGCAAGUACUGGUGUUGCUCAUCAUCAUGUUGCACCUCACAGUCCUGGCGAAGCUAAAAGUGGUUAUCCAUAUUUGGGUGGAAUCGACUCACAAGUUUGCGGAAGAGUACACGGCCCAGAUUUCGUCUUGUCGACUGGCAGGUCGAACGACUUCAAUGUUCCAGUCUCGCAGGCUCGAAGUACCUUAAACGGUUACACGAACGAGCCACUUGAUCAAAGCCAGCUUGCUUUCCUCAGCCGAAUUGGAAGUAACGUUGAAAAGCGAUAAAAUAUAUUUCUGAAAAUAAGUGUGCCUUAAUAUAAACUCUGUGCUUUAAAUAAAAUGAUCUUCGAUAAAAUCGAAAGGACAUAAUAGUAACGUGAAAACUUCGAAAUCGCUGUACAUAUGUGUAAUUAUAUGUAAACGUAAAACAUUCGUACUUAAUAGAUAUCUACAUACGUGUAUUUGUGUACAACGUGUUGCCAGUGCAAAUGAUUAACGAAUUUAUCGAACAAUUUUAAAUAGACAAACAAAUUCGAUUUGUCGGUUGAAUGUUUUAUUAUUUUUCGUGAACAACGAGAAGACGUGCCUUGUUAACUUCUUGCCUUAAUGAUCGCCUUAAAUUAAUAUCGUAAGUAAUUUUUUAUUAAUAUUGCUAACCUAUUUAUAAAGCGUUAAGAAAUUAAUAUCAAUCGUAGGCGUUAUUUAAUAAACGAGAUUAAAUACGGCAAUAAUGUUAAACUUGAUACUAAAGAGAUUGCUAUCGUUAGUAUUUACUUGA